GCUUAAAUUAAUAAAAAAAAAAAUGAGUGCCAUUUAUCGUUUACAAUGUAAGACUCAAUCAUACGAUUGGGGUAAGUUAGGAGAUGUCUCUAAGGCCGCCACUUACGCAAAGGCUUCUGGUACUCCUAUUGAUAACUCGGUGCCUUACGCCGAAUUUUGGAUGGGUACCCACCCCAAUGCACCUUCCAUUGUUUUAAACGACAAGACUACCCUUAAAGAACUUAUUAAAAACAACGUUGCACUUAGUACUGAAGACGUGUAUAAGCAAUACAAUGGUGAUUUACCUUUUCUUUUCAAGAUUCUCUCCAUUCGUAAGGCUUUGUCUAUUCAAGCUCAUCCUGAUAAGGUUUUGGGGGCUCGUCUCUUUAAAGAGUUCCCAGAAAAUUAUAAAGAUCCUAACCAUAAGCCUGAAAUGGCUCUUGCUCUCACUCCUUUUGAAGCGCUUUGUGGUUUCCGUCCCUUGAAUGAAAUCGUUCACCAUAUGGAAGUGUAUCCUGAAUUAGCAGAACUUGUCGGUAAUGAUAUUUCUGAAGAAUUUUUUUCUACUGUUAAAUCUACUGGUGAUUCUACCAAGCCUGAAGAUAUUGAGCAUAAUAAAUCUGUCCUCAAGAAGGUAUUCUCUAGCCUCAUGCAUAGCUCUUCCGAAGAUGUCAAGCGUCUAUUAGCUAAAUUGGUUGCCCGUGUAAGUGAGGACAACGACACCAUGUCCAAAUUAAUAGUCAGAUUAGAUCAGCAGUACCCUGGUGGAGAUGUCGGUGUAUUUUCUUCUUUAUUGUUAAAUUAUGUUUCCAUGGAACCAGGACAGGCUAUCUUUUUGGGUGCCAAUGAACCUCACGCCUAUUUGUCCGGAGAUUGUGUUGAAUGUAUGGCCACAAGCGACAAUGUUGUACGCGCUGGAUUAACACCAAAGUUUAAGGAUGUUGAUGUGCUGGUUGAUAUGCUUACUUACGGUUAUGGUUCUGCAGAGUCUCAAAAGAUGGCACCAGUGAAAUAUGGUCAGCACUCUCUUCUUUACGAUCCUCCAAUUGACGAGUUUGCUGUCAUCUUAACCAAGUUGAACGAAGGAGAAACGGAAGAGCAUGCAUCUAUUGAUGGCCCAAGUAUCCUCAUUGUUACAAGCGGUAGUGGUAAAUUGACAGGCGAGGAGUCAGAUUAUGAGUUAGAGGAAGGUUAUGUUUACUUUAUUGGCGCGAAUACCCCAAUUAAUGCCACCUCUAAUGAAUCUGGAUUAGAGUUCUAUAGAGCAUACUCUGUUGCUACUGAUAAUUAAACACGUAAUAAAAAAUCUUGGUUUAUGACAGAGCAAAACUUUCGAUCUUUAUAUUAGGUCUCAGCCUGAAAUCGAGAUCCGGGACAAGCUGGU